AUGAAAGAUAAAUUAAGAUUGACAAAACUGUCACUAGAUCUACUAGAUAAUUCCAAGUUGACGUCCUUACCAUUUCCUCCACCUUUAAAGAAAUCUAAAUCUAGAUUUAGAAAGUUUCAUCCUCAUUCACUGCAUUCAAAUCAUCCUCAUCACACACAUCGAAAUCAAUAUCAUUCACCUUCACGUAAUUUUGGAUCAUUCAGUAGUUCCAGUAGUAAAUUUUCAACAUCUUCACCGAUUCAAAGUCCCACUAAAGACUCAAGAUUUGGGAUUCCAACGUCAGAAUUUACUCCAAAUUUACCCAAAUUAAAUGAUUUAUCAAAAUUUAAUGAUACUCCAAUGGAAGAUGUUAGUUUUACUUCAAUUGAUACUUUAACAUCCAAUGCUAACAUGACAACAGAGAUUGAUGAAAGUUUUGAUGAACCGAUCAUUCUAGUUGAAGAUUACUUGAAACCUCCGGUUUCUAAUAGUACUUUGAAUCGUCAACAAUCCCUUGCAAAUUUUAAGCAACGAUUAAAUCAUGAUCAAUUAAUAAAUAAUAACAAACGAAAGAUAUCGGGAGAUACCUUAACAGAAGAAGAGAAUCUAGAAGAAAUCUUUGGUGAUAUUCCAGGUAAACAAUCUUUGAAAUAUUGUGAUAUUUGUGAUAAGCCUUUAUAUGAGAUAUCAUCAUUAAUAAGUAACAAAAGAUUUAAAACUUCAUUCACAUCAUUUGAUAAUAAGAAAAUUGAUACCAAUCUUUUCAAUGAAUUCAUUUGUUUUGAAUGUAUUGAUUUAUACGAAGAAUUCUUACAGGAGAUCUAUCAAGAUUCCCAACAAACUAAUGAAUCCAAGAACCUAAAAUUACUUUUAAUGUUUAAAGACAUACAAAACAGAUCAAAUAGUAAUAAUAAACUCAUUGAAAAAUUGAAAUUCUUGAAUUCAAAUAACAUUUUUAAUGAAGAAUUGAAUUGGUUGAAUAAUUUACAGAAUAAGCUAAGAUGGAGAUGGAGAUUGAACGGGUUAUUACCCAGUUUUAAAAGGAAUAAAAGUACAUAG